GGCCGGGCGGGGAGGAGGCACCGAGCGGGUUUUUCCUGUCCCCGCAGCCCCGGUGAGUCACGGGAGCGGCGGCGGCAGCAGCACCCCCCGUGUCCCCGGCGCACCCCGGACAUGCGGCCGCUGCCAGGGAGGGGCUGACCCUGCCCGUGCCCAGCGAGUCCCGGUCCCAGUUUGGCCAUGGCCUCGCAGCCGCAGCCCCUGCACCCGGCCCUGCCCUGCACCGCACCCGCGGGCACUGGGGGGCUGGCAGGCGGCAGCCCCGACACAGGCACUGCCCGGCCCAAGCCCCCACUGCGGCCCAAGCCCCCACUGCGGCCCAAGCCGGUCGUGCCCACCAAGACCCCUCUGCCGCCACCGGGCCCGCGGCACCCGCGCCCUGAGCUGCCCUCGGCAGAGAAGAUGAACCGCCUGGCUGGGCCCCAGCCCUACGGCACCGGCAGUGCGGGGGGGCCCCUCCGCCGGCCCUCCUUUACCAUCAAGUCCCCCCAUCAAGAGCCCCCCACUGAGAAGGGGCUGACCUCCCCUGCAGCAGCAGCUGGGGAGGCCAUGGGAGCGACCCCCGGUGAGGAGUCCCCCCUGCCGCUGACCCCCUCCCGCAAGGGCCCGGCGCCCUUCAAGGUGACGCCGGUGCCAGUGGCCACCAAACCGGAGCGGUUCCCAUGCACCACCGUGGAGCAGAUCUUGGCCAAGAUGGACACCAGGGAGGGCCCAGGGAGCCCCGACCGAGCCCGGCUCUGCCCCGACCCCUCCUUGCGCUUCGGCUCCAAGCCCUUCACCGCCUUUCGGAGGCGCCCCAGCGGGGAGGCAGAGAGAGCCACCCCCUGCGAGGCCCCCCAACCCGCGGUGGGUGAGCCGGGGCCGGGGGACGACGGACACCCCACAGCCGAGACGAGCGGCUCCCCCCCCGCCGGCCCGAGCAGCGCCGGGGCCCCCCGCGGACGCCGGAGGCCGCGCUCCCCCCCUGACCUCUCCUCUCCACAGUUGGGCCCCCCCGGCUCUCCCAGGCCCCCGUCCUGCCCAGUGCUGGCCCCGGGGGCUCCCUCCCAGCCCUGCACUGCAGCCCCCGGCUCCCCCCAUGCCCCCCCCGAGCUCCUGGCCCCUGGCUCCCCCACACGGGCCCCCGGCUCCCCCGAAUCACAGCCUCCAGCCAGGGUCUCGGCUGCCUCCAUCCAGGCUCCAGGGGCUCCCUCCUCCACAGCUGAGCCUCAGCUCAGCAUCUCCCGCUCCCCCGGCUCUCCCCACACGCCUGGAGAGGGGUCCCCCGAUACAGCCACCCCCCCAGGCACCCCCGAGCUGCCCCUCAGGGCCAUCAGCCCCCCCAGCACUCCCGAGCUGCCCCCCAGGGCCAUCUAUCCCCCCGGCUCUCCGGAGGCUGCUGUCCAGUACCCGGCCUCCCCCAGCCCACCCCCCGAGCCCCUGGGUAAAGUCUCUCGCCCCCCGGGCUCCCCUGAGGGACCCCAUGACCCCCCAGUGUCCCCACUGUCCCCUGAGGGUCCCAACUUCAGCCCCGCUCCCCCCUGCAGGGACUCGGGGCUGCGGCGCUCAUCGGAGGGGGUGCUGCAGCCCCCACCUGCGGGGCAGGGCCUGGGGGGGCUGGGGGGCUCGCUGGGUGCCCUGCCCCGGCCUGGGGACCCGCUGCCGGAGCCGGCCCUGGGCAGUGAGUCCGGCUGGAGCCUCUCCCAGUCCUUCGAGUGGACGUUCCCAGGACGGGGGGCCCGGCGGGUCCCAUCCCCUCCCCGCUCCCCGAUCCGGGAGACGGGUGACUCGGACGGGGAGGACCCGGCCCCCAGAGCCGCUGAGCCCGGCCCCCGCGGAGCAGAGGGGGCCCCGUGUCCGGGGGGCCCUGUGGCCCAGGCAGAGGCUGAGAGCUCGCCGGAGGAGGAUGAUGAUGGGGAGGCAGAGCAGGACGUGACACUGUGCGUGACAGAGCCUGGCCAGGACCCAGCUGAGCCCGAGCCCCUCAUCGAGGCCGCCCCACCGGCUCCGGCCCCACCGGCUCCAGCCACGGUGACCGGCUCGGUGUGGGCACCGGAGGGCGACUCUGAACUGAGCCUGCAGGGCCCCGGCGGGCCGGGCCAGGCCGGAGGGUCCCCAAGGAGCCGCGAUGCGCCCGGUGACCCGGGCUGGCUGACGGAGCUGUUGGCAUCGCCCGGAGGCCACACAGGACAGGGCACGGAGGGCCUGCUCGGCUGGUCACGAAAGGACCUGAGCAGUGAAUUCGGCAUCGGCACCCCCCGCCCCGGCAGCACCUUCCGCUGGACCCGAGAGACAGACUGGCCCCGGGAGCCACAGCAGGACCAGGAGUUCGGGACCGAACAGAGCUGGGGCAGCACCGGGGCCGGGGAGCAGCCCUUCGGCACCAGCAGGAGCGACUGGGCCAGCAGCUGCCGAGGGACGGAGCUGCCAGGAGACGCGGGGCUGGGCCGCAGCGACUGGCACAAAGCCCCUGGCACUGGGGAGAGCUGCCGGCAGGAACAGGACUUCAGUGCCAGCAAACCCACGUGGGGCACCAGCUACGGCUUGGACAGCACUGGCAGCGGGGACGGGAUCGGCUCCGGGAGCGCCGACUGGAGCAGCAGUUACAGUGUGGGGGGAGCCCAGCACCAGGAUGAGGAGCUGAGCUCCAGGCAGCCCAGCUGGGCUGGCAAGUACAGCGCUGGGGAUCCGGAGAGCCAGGACCAGGACAUCACACCGGCCUGGGCUGGCCAGUACGGCUCCAGGGAUCCAGAGAUGAAGGACAGGGAGCUAAGCCCAGACUGGACCAGUAAAUACAGCAGCAGGGGUGCUGGGACCAUGGACAAGGAUCUCACCCUGGGCUGGGCUGGCAGAUCCAGCACUGGGGACGCUGGGGCUGCAGGCAGAGAGUUCAGCCCCAGCAGGACGGCCUGGGAUAGCCAAUACAGCAGCAGGGACAUGGAGAGCCAGGACCGGGAGUUCAGCCCCAGCAGACCUGCUUGGACUGGUGAAUGCAGCACCCAAGGCACGGAGAGCCAGGACAGGGAGUUCAGCUUCAGCAGGCCGGCGGAGGGUGAUGGGUACAGCAGCAGGGACAUGGAGAAUCAGGACCGGGAAUUCAGCCCCAGCAGACCGGCCUGGGAGGACAGAUACAGCACCAGGGACAUGGAGAGCCAGGACCAGGAGUUCAGCCCCAGCAGGCCUGCUUGGACCAGUGAAUGCAGCACCAGGGACAUGGAGGACCAGGCCUGGAAAUUCUGCCCUGGCAGACCAGCCUGGGACAGCGAGUACAGCAGCAGGGACGUAGAGAACCAGGAGAGAGAGUUCAGCUCCAGCAGAUCAGCCAAAGCUAGUGAGGGCAGCACCAGGGAUGUAGAGAGCCAGGAUGGGGAGUUCAAACCCAGCAGACCAGCCUGGGAGGACAGGUACAGCACCAGGGAUGUGGAGAGCCUGGACCAGUUCAGUCCCAGCAGACUGGCUGAGCCUGAUGGAUACAGCACCAGGGACGUGGAGAUGCAAGACAGGGAGUUCAGCCCUGCCAGACCAGCCAAAGCCAGUGAGCACAGCAUCGGGGCCAUGGAGACCUCAGACAGGGAGCUCAGCCCCAGCAGAUUGGCUUGGGAUGAUCAACGCAGCACCAGGGAUGUGGAGACUUGGGACGAGGAGCUCAGCCCUGGCAGACCAACCAAAGCCAGUGAGUGCAGCACCAGGGACAUGGAGAGCCAGGACAGGGAGUUCAGCCUGGCCUGUGAGGACAGAUACAGCACCAGGGACUUGGAGAGCCAGGACAGCGGGUUCAAACCCAACAAACCAACCUGGGAUGAUGAGCACAGCACCAGGGACAUGGAGAGCCAGGAGCAGGAGCUCAUCCCCAGCAGAGCAGCUGAGGCUGAUGGAUACAGGAGUAGGGACAUGGAGAGCCAGGGCCUGGAGCUCAGCCCUGGCAGCCUGACCUGGGCCGGUGAGUGCAGCUCUGCAGACACCAGAGAGGAAGGGAGCGAGGUCAGGCCUGGCCACGACACCGACCAAACAGAGCCAGUGGAUGCUGCUGCCGAUGGGAGGGAGCUGCCCAGCUCCCACUGCCCCGAUCCCCCAUCCCAGGAUCCUGGCUGUGGCAGCGCUGAGCACAGUGCCGCUGGCAGCAGGGACUGGGCUGAGGAGCCUGGAGCAGCCGAGCGCCACAGCCAGUUCAGCAGCAUCAGCACAGAGCAGGACCUGGGUCCCUCCAGCGCCGCGGUGUCCACCGGUGGCUUCAUGCCCUGGGCGGGUGUGAUGGGAGCCCCAGGGUACCGGCACCAUGAUGACUCCUGCGGCACGUCGGGAGGAGCCGGCCUGCAGGAGCGCGGCUGCGGUGAUGCAGAGGCCCAGCGCCGGGAAUGGGCUGAUGCGUUCAGCGCCCGCUGCGCCGCGCGGAGCCGGGACGUGGGCGAGCGGCACCUGGGAGGUGACACCAGCUCCAGGCACAGCAGCGUUGGUCUCUGGGACCCCAGCCUGCAGAUGGGUGACCCCCCGGCCGUGGGGUCCCCCUGCACCGACCCGCCCAGCCCUGCAGAGGAGGAGAGGGACCCUCUGGAGCUGACCCCUGCCCCGCGGAGCCCUGGGGCCUCCUCUCCGCUGCCAGAGGCUGUUGGCGGGACCCCACUGGACACAGGGAGUGCAGCAGUCCCCGAGGACCACCCGGAUGGCAAGAGACCUUCCAGCUGGGAGGAGAAGUGGCUCCCCAUGGGCACCCCACAUCCCGAGGCACCCCCGGACCUCACCGGGCAGGAAUUCACCUUCCUGGAGGACGCGGAGGUGCUGGACAGCCGCGUGUUCCGCAGCAAGGCCGAGCUGGGCCGGCAGCGCAGGCACCGGGCCCCAGCGCUGCGCCCCGCCGCCGGCCCGGAGGGGGACGCUUGGCUCUUCCGUGACUCCACCGAGCCCCGGCCGGCGGCGCCCGAGGACGAGGCGGCGGUGGAGCCCCGGAGCCGGCGGGCGGGCAGGGCCGGGAAGGUGCCGCUGUUCCCCAGCCUCAGCGCGGCCGCGCUCAAGGCCAAGCUGAGGGGCCGGAACCGCUCGGCCGAGGAGGGGACCCCGCCGGGGGACAGCAAAGUGACCCCCCCCCGGGAGCCCCAUGUGCAGCGCUCCAAGUCCUGCAAGAUCCCCGGCCUGAGUGGGAAACCCCUGGUGCUGCCCCCCAAACCAGAGAGGUCCUCGGGGUCCGAGGUCUCCCCCCCCCACUGGCUGCAAGCGCUGAAGCUGAAGAAGAAGAAACCUUGAGGGGGGCUCCCCCUCGCCGGCCGCUGCCCCCGGAUCAGGACACACACACACACACACAUAUCUAUGCACUUUGUACCAUGCUCGCAGGGUCCCUGACCCCCACCCCACACCUCAUCCCCCUCCUCAGCCCCCCAGCUCCCCCCCCCCAAGCCGUGGGGUGGGCUGUGUCCCUCGCCCUGCUCCUGUGUCACCCCCGCACAACGAGCAGCAGGUCAGGAUGUUGGUGCCACUUGAACAGGACAAUAAAACUUCUCUGGUUGGGUC